AUGGCUGCAAUGGCUGCAUUUUUACUACCCCAACUAGUUGCCGACUGCAUCUCCCCACCGGGCGGAUUCAACUCCGCCAAAAUGGUAUUCACGCCAAACCCGCCGCACGUGGGAGUAACGACGACAGUCCAGUGUGCCCCAGGCUACUAUCCGACGAACACUUCGUCCUCUGCACAGUACAGAGGCAGCACCCCGGUCAUCGAUCCGUCACUGGCUCGUGGCACCUACAAGUGCACUGGAUCCAGGUCCUCAAAUCAUUCUCGCGAUCCGGCCUACUUCAGGACACAGUUCAUCUACAGCGGCAUUCCUCUGCAGGACUGUGACGGUAUGACGUAGUAUUAAACCUUACAACCGGUACGAUGCUGUCUGUGCAGCUUAACGUGUGUUUAAUGAAACGGGCAGAAAGAUAAUUGGGUCACACUACAAGUACAGUACAUUACUGUGACAAAGUUGUUGAUCCACGAAGGUUGCUUUGCUUGAUAAGAGGUAGAAGCGAUAGCCUGAACCAAAGCCCUAUUUGCCUGAGGUUUCGAACCCAAGCUAGAACACAUUAUCAGAGACAACAAUAAUUAGGGUAAUUCGUGAACAGGAAGUUGAAAUAUUGGUAGGUAUGCAGUUGCUGCGCUAUCGCAUGCCAGAGAUAGUCAACUGUUCUCCCCUUCAUCGAGGAUUGUUGCCCGUUUAUUGGCAAAUUCCUUUAUGGCCGGCAUGCAAGUUGUUAAUUGCUGCAGUCUCAUCACCCGUGUUGGAUGCUGGUGUGAUGAUUACUCGGCCAUCUGCCUCUGUACGCGAACCGUCGAACACGCGGCAUCAGUGCGGAGAGAUGACGCCAACUCUCAAGUCGCAGUUCAUUCGAAGAGACCCCGGCACACAGUUAUGAUCGAUGAGGCCGAAAUUUCCACGACAGGUGAUAAUCGCAUGAGCCGCGAGUUACUUGACUCAUGGUUCAUGGGACCCCAGUCUAUAAAGCAGUGUACUGACAUCCCUACCCCAUAUUCAGUACUGAAGUGUAGUCUGACCAAAGUAAUUAGCCACUCGGGGAGCCAGAUGACCGAGCAAUCAUCACGCCAGCAUCCAACACGGGUGAUGAGAUUUUAGCAACUAACCACUUGCAUGCCAGAUGUCCGACUGCUAGCGCACCAGCGGACAAAAAUCAUGGAUGAGGCGAGAGCAGUUAGUAAUCAUAUGUAUGCAGAACACAGCGGCUGCAUACCUACAAAUAUUGCAACUUUCUGUGUGCGGAUCACUCGACUCUCUGAUGAUGUGUUUGAGUGUGAAUGCGACACUUAAGGUGGCCAAAGCUCCGGUUGCAGUGAAUACUUCAACUCCUUAUCAACUAGUUCCUGGAACUCACGUCUUCGCUUGCAUCAGCGAUUCUCUUGGUGUUAGUUCCAUUUCUUUCUGAUAACUGCAGAAUUUCGUGUGGGGUAAAACCAUUUUUGCUGAUGCAUCCCAUUGAAAUAGUGAAUUAAUACUGUCAAUGAACAUGUGUCUCUAGAAGUGCUCGAGCCGCUAGCUUCUCAAUUUCAUACCCGGUGGCACGCUAGUCAGCUGUUAGAAUAAUAGACAGGUCCUCACCUUUUCCAGUGUCUAUCAUGAUUAAUGUCCUUAUAGUGACGACUGUAGCCACUGUCAAAUACCCCCUUUCCAAGUUCGUGCGACUAUGUGAGCAGAUCUACAAACGCGUGGACACCAGAUUUGCGUAGUUUUCAUCUUUCUCGUCUGCCAUCGUCGGUAUUAUUAUAAACACUUCGUUCAAAUGCACAUGGUUAUAGUUAACCACAUGCAGAUCCUCUCCUAAUAGAGCGCGCUCCGACAACAGAACUGGAAUUUCCGACUGCAUUGGCCCUUAAAGCAUAAUUCAUGAAAACCUCCCACUCUACCUUUUAUUUAAGCGAAACCGCAGAUCAGACCAAGUCAUAUUGAGUAUCUGUGAGAUGAUGUCGAAUAAAGCGCAACUGAAAACUGUACUACGUAUAAAAGCAGGACGAGAAGGGAUAAUCCAAAUACUGAAGCUACAGCUAUUCCUAACGAGCACCUAGAAAAAACACGAAAUUAAAAUGUUAAAUUCCUGCUUGUUUUUGCGGGUAUAUGACGCAAGUAUUAGAGGAUGCGGCUCCACACUAAUUCCACCAGCUUUCCGCGUGGACAUUUUGUACGCCGAAGAACUCACUAAAGCAUAGCAAUUUUAGGGGAAAUUAAAAAAACUGUGCAUUAAAACUAGAGCAUAUACCAGAAAACACAUGGGGAGCAUUGAACUGUCAGUAUGGUGAGUCAGUCAGUGUGUAUGCGGGUUAAAAGGUCUGGAAGCGUGUGCUAUGCCAGUCUCAGCAAACUAUGAACCUUUCCCCCGUGGUAUGUGCUGGCAGCUCCCUGACACCUGGUUCCCUGCUGGUAGAUGCCCUUGUGCGUCACCUUUGUAUAUAGGUGGUUGGCAUGGUUACCUAGACAUCCUCGUCCUUCCGACUCCUCUUGGUGUGUUGAUGUUCGUGAAAACCCUGGUCAAGUGUGUGUUGUGGACCAGGGGGUGUGGUGGCAUGUCCAGGUGUGUGUCCGGCCGUGCCAGUCAUCUGCGUCCUCCUCGCCUCCGGUCUUCUUGACGCUGUCUUGACACCGAGUCCAGGUGGGCAGUGGGGAAGCGAGAAUGCGGUAGAUACUGAUUCCUGCUUAAAUCACCGUGCCUGCUGCACCCAGCUGUGCAGCACACGGUGGAAUCGACGGCCGAACUGUCGCGUAUACACUAUUGGCUGACCGAUGAGAGAAUGAGGGUGAGAAAAAGGAGUACGCUUUAAUAGUAGUGAAAAUGCGAUUCCCAGGUGGCGUAUCAAAAGAAGAGGGGGCGUUCACCAGGAGGGGUUUAUUUGAAGUCCGACGUUUCGGGUAGUUUAUUCGUCUACCCAUCUUCAGAGACUGGGGAGUCCUGUGCACAGCACUCCUUAUUAUGGCGCCCAUUGUCCAAUGCGUGGUCCGCCAAUGCCGCCUGUGUGGCUGCAUCCAACCCGCACGUCACCGUGACCUGAAUCGUCCCCGUCGGCCGCGGUGAUGACUGACGGCCCCGAUUGUCCCGCGCCGUGAUUGUCCCCCGCUAAGAAGGUUCGUAAAGUCAGAUAGGAGGGAGGCAAAUUGAUGUGGCGGUUGACGGAGCGGUCGGUGGACAUCCAGGCUUCUUGCAGUUGUCUUGCUGUGUGAUCGCUGCCCCGGCCCACAAUCUCAACGACGUCAAAGUUGAAGAUGUGUCCCAUUUGCGCGGCAUGGGUUGCUACCUCCGACUUUGGGUCCAACCUUCGCUCGCACGGCCAACUUAUGCUCGUGCAUUUGCGUUUGCAGCUGUCGGCCGGUUUCCCCAACGUAGUUUCAACUUCCGCAGCUGCAUUGAAGUUGGUAGACAACGGCCGACAUCUCCUGCUUAGGGAUCGGAUCUUUCGGCCGCAUCACUUGCCGGCGGAUUGUUGACUCAGGCCUGUGGGCAACACCUAUUCCGAGUGGCGCGAGUGAUCGAGCCACGACCUCGGAGACCCCUUUAAUAUACGGAAUGCUCCGCCACGAGUUUGGCUGACUAUGCUCUUCGUUCCGUUUCUUUGGCUGCCUCCGGCUUCGUUCAAUGAAUGCCCGCUGAUAGCCAUUGGCUCUGAAAAGUUCUCGGAGGAGCUUUAUCUCAUCCAGUCUGGCGGAUGGCGUACUGCAUGCAGGUUGGAUGCAGCCACACAGACGGCAUUGACGGAUCACGCAUUGGACAAUAGGCGCCAUAGUAAGGAGUACUGUGCACGGGACUUCCCAGUCUCUGAAGAUGGGUAGACGAAUAAACUACCCGAAACGUCGGACCUCAAAUAAACCCCUCCCGGUGAACGCCCCCUCUUCUUUUGGAGUUCGCUUUAUUUUAAAAGUAUGAAUUCAAAAUUUUCGGAAAAAGGGACUCCAGUGGUGGAAAGUUGCGGAGAGAAAGCGGCUAUGCCGCAGUAACUGGAGAUUCGAUCGCACACAUUCAUAUCAACUUUAGGACCAAGCCUAUAACUGUUUCUUCCAAAUGAUUUAACUCACAAUAAUUCCUAUGGAAAUUAAAAUGAAAGCACGAAUUUAAUAUAAUGGGAGACUCUGGGCCUCUGUACUCAAACGCUCGGUGUUUUCGCUCGUUCGCCUACUCAGUGAAAUUGUAGUAAUUUCCCCUAGGUAGCAGUAAGUAGCUGGCAAAUGAGGUUGAACAAUUUGUUGCUGUGAGUUGGCUAAAUCAAUCAGUAUGCAAGCUCUUUUUGGCGACCCUUUCCUUAUGUCUGAUCGCGCACUCAGUGAUAGUGGAAAAUAUGCAAGUGGAGAUCGAACCACUAAUCGGAAUUGGCUAACAUAAGAUUUUUUUGGACAUUACAACGAAUGACGUGGCAAAAGACCAUCGAUAUAAUCAAGAAGACAUUCCAAGUGAAAUUCCUCCCACGUCAGACUGUCCGGAGUAUAAUCUUUUGAGGUCUGCCAACUGCAUGAUAAUUUAUUUAAAUAGGAUGAAGGGGAAAUCAGAUCAAUUCUAAAGAAAAGGUGGAGUGGACGGGCGCUCGUCCUCUAGGAAAUCGGAUGUAUUUACUUGGUGUUCUAAACUCGUGCUUGAGUUUAUCAUCAGAAUCAGGAAAAAGUGUCAGACUCGCUGUCUGGUUUUGCUGAAGCUGUCGUCGUGAACCAAAAAUACCGCAAGGUGGCAACUGCGUCAGGCAGCAGGACAAGAUCGACGAAACACGCGUGUCUGGGCUUUUAGCUAAUACCCGUUUAGUCAGCACGGUAAAUAAUUACGCAACAAUUAAAAUGCGGGAUCACAACAGUUUGACCCACCGACGAAUCACAAAUAAUUACUUGGCAGGAUGUGGGCAGUCUCCCACCCCUAGCUUCACUGGCGUGCGAUCAAGAGUGGAGGUCUUCCCUAAAUGGCUUGUGAACUAAGGGUAGUUUAGGGUUCGAAUACCUGUCCUAUUAGUCGCCGACAGAACUCCCCACAGCGUAACAGGAGUUACGCAGCCACCCGUAAUGGAUGCAGUUUCAAGUAUGAAGUUUCAAGUGACGGCCUCGGGAUUAAGAGACAUUUCUCUGCUAUUUUUUUAACUUUGUGAUGCCGAACCCGCGUGGUUAGAUAGGGUUUCGUGCAAUUGCGUUCGCGUUUCCCAGCCCGAUGUUCUUAUUCGUCUUCUCCAACUGCUCUUCAAUCUAGAGCGGGAGUUAUCUUGAUAAACGAUCAAAAGAUUACACCAGAGGUAGCCUUGCUUCUCCUCCAGAAAUUUCCUUCUCGUAUGCUUACGACGUCUUCUGCUCUGCCCGUAUAUUUAGAGGCAUUUUGCCAGCUAGACAUCCUCUCGCUCUGCAAUGCUCGUCCGGAGUCCGUUUCGCCGCAGAAUCAGACGCGCUUUAAGUACGGCCAACAGGUGUUCUUUGACUGCGAGACGGGUUACGCCUCAUCGGACAACAACACGCUGUCAAGAACCUCCAUGACGUGCCGUACUGUGUCAACACAACCGCAGAGUGGGGUGUGGAUACCGGGACCAUGCCAGGCCUGCGUUGGUACGUCAGAUAAACUGGCUCUAUGUUCGCAUAACAGACUGAUCGUUCAGAAGUAUGUGGAAACCACGCGGAGGAGACCUACAACGAAGAACUGUGCGUUACGGGGUGGGGGCAUUUUAGGGGUCACAGCCAGUUUUUAUGAGGUCGAGGAGAAUCGGUGUGGUUAGCAGUGAAGCUUAGACAACAUAAAAACAACGAUUUUUGCGGCAAAGUCUGCGACUCUUACUCUUUGCUGAUAGAAGACACUUCUAGUGGCAAGAUCUACUGCUUGGUCGACCAAGAAGAUUUACAACUCACGCAUCCAUGCGAGACCAGCAGUGGAAACCUCAAAGACUGAAACCAAAAAAGAUUGCCCAAGGCCGUAAUUGCCGCCGUAAUCAACAGCAAAGGAUUGACAGUUAGAAAGGCUAUUAGUUCUUGAUAUUGGCAGAAGACGCAUUACUGGAUAAAAAUAGACACUCCACUCAUCCAAAUAAUCACGACGCUUACUUACGAUUUGGUAAAAAUUAAGAAAGUGUGGCUAGAAGUACAGAAGCUGGGACAAAUCAUGGAAUGCGCCCAAAUUUAUGAAACAUCCCGAGGACUCAGAGGUCGGCCAGCUUGCAUCCUCCAUAACUUCCAAUCAGUACUGAACAACUGUAAGAAACAUGAAAACAUAACGGGACUAUUUGAAAUAUUAUGGCAUUGUUUAGAUUUACCGAUUUUCUAGAGAAAAGCCAUAAUUCCGAAAAAGCAAGAAAUCUCGUUAAAAAAUACACUCUAAUAUUAGAAGUGCAUAAAGCCUUUCUAUGAAAAUAACUUAAUAAAUAAAAUGACAUAAACAGAACAAACAUAGGAAAUAGUCAAAUACUAUACACGAAUGAUUACAUAGAUAAAAUGCAGUGGUCGUCAAUUUCCUCCGGGGUUAAUUGCAGAUUCAAGACGGUUUUACGAAUAUUUGUAGAUUCUUUUCAUUUUUACGAUUUAAUAUGCUAAUGCUGAGAGAAUUUCGCCCGAUUUCGUUGACAAGAGCGUCGCAGGAAUAGAAGGUUUCUUAAGGCCACAUAAUCAGUGGCCAAGCGACGAUUAAUUAAUUUGAAUAGAAAAAGCGGAUUCGUAGCCCUUAGCGAUGCCAGUGAAUACCAUGCAGAGUGAAGUUCUCUUCAUCGGCUGCUCAAAAGGACAGAUUAUAUACUGCAUUUAUCAAAGCCUCCAAAGUGCAAUGUUCCUUGAAUGCAUUUGUCGAGAACAAGGUAAAAUUGAUCUGAGCUCGAAUUUCUGAACACUUUUCCUAAUAAAAUUACCAGGAUAAAUGUCCCGCAUGUAGAAAUUACACUAGCUGGAACAUUGUAGCCCGAUAUGAUGAUUGUCUAGAUCUCCGCUAUCACGUUUCACGAUUUGCACUGGCUACUGCAGAUGUACCUUUCAAGGACAAGUUCGAUCUGAAAGCAAACGUUCACCAACAUGCAUUAAAUUCUCUUUAGGGAAGGGCCUUAAAUCUCAAUUUAUUCUCAACCUGAAAGGGAUGGGGACGAGGUUGUUUUCCGUACAGGUGGUAUUUUUCGUGGACUAGGAGACGUUCGGGAGUAGAACAGUUAAAAACCCGCGCCUGCCGUCCAUCAGAUACAGAGAGAUUUAUAUUGAACCGCUGAGUGCCCUGAGCCUAAGUGUGGGAGCAACUGAAUUCGAGCUGCACAUAAAAACUGCAGUGCGGAAACAGUCUGUCUAAGGAUCCUGCCGACCUAAGAAUUUAAAUGUGUAUACAUUGAAAUGUGCUGGAUUCCUGGGGUUAUCUGUGGAGUGCAAGGAUUACAGAAGUAUCCAUCCGGGCGCAAGUUUAAGAGGUUUUGCAUCUAAUAAUUGAAACAUAAUUUAGCCUGAGACUGCCAUUGAGGAGGAAUAGGCGGCAAGCGCAUGCGUAUUUUCGAUAUGGUAUUGAAUGUCCUACUUUAGCUUAUAAGUAGACAUAAUUUGGUAAAUAUUAGUCACAGACGAUAAUGAUACCUUACUCCUUGUAGUCGGAGUUCAAAAGAUUAUUUCUUGAAGAAAAAGACACGAUCGCUGGGACAAUAGCCUUAUUAGCCUGAAGUUUCGGAUUUCUACUCGAACCCAUAAUCAGAGACAAAAGCAGCUACGGGUGGUGCAUGCACAAGCGGCUGCAAUUUGAUAACGCGCGUUGGGUGUUGGUGUGAUGAUUGCUCGACCAUCUGACCACCGACCCUGGCGUUGAGGAAAAGGGGCACCGGUGCGCUCUCCGAGUGGCUAAUUACUCCGUCACCGACGUUUGGAGUCUGAAGUCGUUUAUCGGAUCUGAUGCAUCUGUUGACAAGGUAACUACGUUGGAGAAACUAGAAGGCAGCUCCGAACACGAAUGGUCGAGCCAGCUGCAACGGUGCGGAGAGAUGGCGCCAGCUCUUAAGUUGCGGCUACUUCGACGAGAUCCGGCCACACAUCCAAAUUCAAUGAGGCCGAAAUUCUCGCUGGAGGGGACAACCGUAUGAGGCGGCAGCCUCUUGAGUCAUGGUUUACUGCCCCCCUGUCCAUUAACAAGUGCAACGACCUUCCCAUACCAUAUUCGGUGCUGGGACUUCGCCUAGGCGGCGUAACUAGCCACGCGGAUAGCGCACAGACAAACACAGUUCCCAUUGUCAGGAUCCGUGGGUCAGAUGGUCGAACAAUCAUCACACCAACAUCCAACGCAGGUGAUGAAAUUGCAGCAAUUAACGACGCGAAUGUCGGCCAUCAAGCAAUCUGCACACCAAGUGCGACGAUCUCUGAUGAAGAGGAGGAGCCGUGCAUAUUCAUAGGUAUGCGGUAGCAUGCCAACUGCAUCCUGUAAAUACUGCAGCCCCUUAUGCAUGGACCACCCAUAUCUACUUUUGUUCGUGAUGAUGGGUUAUAUAAGUAAUCCGAAGCGUCAGGCUAAGAAAGCUCUUAUCCCAGCGAUCGUAUCCCCUUCUAAAAGACUGCUUCCUGUGACUCCUCUCUCCGCUUCUAUUGACAGAUCCCAUUUGUUAAAACCAAACUGCUAACUUCCGAAUGAACCUGUGGGGAUGGAGUCGUUACUGACGCCGCUUUAGAGCUACUGGACGGAGCUGUGUGGGAGACUCCAAGUUGAAACAUUGAGCACAUAUGUCACCAAGUUUAAGAUAUGCUUAUCACAUACGUUGUCGCAGGCAGGAGCUGUAUUAGUGGUUUUAAGACAGCGAUAUUGAUCAGAAAUAUUAACAAGUUCAAGAUAUGUAUGGCAUAUUUACUGGCAUCAGUUGGAAUUUGUUGAGAUCGAAAUACGCAAGUGUUUUAAUGCAGGAACAUUUGCACUCGGCGAAAGGUGGCCUUGACUGGUACUACUGUGCUUAUAACCACUGCCAAAUGCAAGCGUGGCCUCAGACCUAGGAUAUCCAAAAUUUCAGUCCCAGAGGAUAUUCGUAACGCCUCUUUUCUUAAACCACCAAGCUAUCUACCGAUUAUUAAAGAGACUGUCUAUCUAAGAGCUAUGCUCUGCGUGCAGAAUCUGCGAUAAUUUAGAACAUUGCACUAAAAAGCCGUAAAGUACGAUUUAUUAUUUUUCCUUUUGUGACCUAAAUCCAUACCAAUGGUGGGAUAUCAAGAUCAGGUUAUGUGCCAUGAAGUUUCGCUUUGGCUCUAGCUUUAUUAGAUUUGCUAUAAAAUAGCAUGUCUCGGUGAGAGUCAACACUGCGUCCGAACGCGUGCAAUACCGACCGACAUGCUUUCAAGUGUAUCCAGACAGUAACAAUUCCGUAGUGAUUUUGUCAUUUGGCCAAUCCUGUAACUCUCAAAAGGCUCAAGGGUGUUUAAUGCAGGAAGGAUUCUCCAACCUGUCUCCUAGGCAGACAUUCAUAACAAGCGUCAGAAUGUCGACAAAGGCGAACAGGCAGUUCUAGAAUACAGUUCAGAAGGAGGAGAGACUACUGGGAUAAGAAGUUUGCUGGCCUGACGUUUUGGAUACUCAUUCGAACACAUCAUCAAAGACGAUUGCAUAUAAGACCUGGUGAUGUGUUCGAGUGAUAGUCGGAAACUUUAGGCCAGCGAACUUCUUGUUCCACCGAGCGCAUCUCCUUCUUCCGAAGUGUCUCGGCGCAGAAACCUGAACAGGCCUGUACGAAAGCAUGUCUUGUCUAAUAGUACGUUCUCAAUCUGUCAUUGUCUCUGAGCAUGGGUUCGAGCAGAAAUCCGAAACGUCAGCUCUUGUCCCGGCGAUCGUGUCUCCUUCUUCACACACCUUUUAUAAAAUAUUUCUGGAUUUAUGAAGGCAGUGAGAUUCAUAGGAAAAAUGCAUGUUACUUAAGUAGUUACCUUCAGCGAGUGUGAUUUUUGCAAGUAUCUGGAACAACUUUAAAUCUGGAGUCAGCCAUUUAUGCUAAUGUUUUUUGCUAACUCAUUCUUGUAAUCCUGUAUAACCAUAGUGAAUUUGUAGAUACCCUGUUUAUGACUCAUGAUUGCAACUAUCGACUUUUUCGCGUAUGAGACAAUUGUAAGUCGAAUGCCAGCAGGCUGUACUGGUAAGGUAGCGACAAUUUUUCCGUAUCCGCUAGCGUCGGAAACUUAUUCUUGUAUCCAAUUCACUCAAAAACCUCCUUUAAGCUUUCGCUUAGGAUCUCACGAGUUUUGGCGCAUAAUGUGGUUGUAUCACUAAGCAGCCUACCUAUAAAAGGGUUCUUUAUUCUGUCAGGUCAUGCUUUUAUUGUCCUUUGCCAUUUGUAGUUACUCGAUGCAAUCAAACCGCAAUGUUAGAAAUGGUGCCGCAGUUCGGGCAGCUGAAGGGAGCGCGAAGCAAGCUAACGGAAGAACGGUAUGGCAUGUUGCAGGUGAGCCAAUUUAACCGAUUCGGCAACGUCGUGACCUUCAAAUGCGACGAGGGUUACUUCUUCAAAGACCGAACCUUCCAAAAGUUCAUCGAAUGUACCCUGAUUGAGGGCACGACGGAUCAGAGCACAUGGGCUGGCUACAGCGGUACCCUGCUUCCCAUCCCAGAGUCAUGCACACGUGAGUUUCCUUGCCAGCAAAUCAUUUCAUGCAUUGUCUUAGUAGUAGUAGUAGUAGUAGUAGUAGUAGUAGUAGUAGUAGUAGUAAUAUUUAUCGUAACAAGACAUACUUAUUAGAUGAAGAAACAGGAAUUUUAAACAAAAAACCUGACGCAGUAACAACAACCAUUUUUGAUAGUUACUAAGUUUCUCUCGGUAGUGCUACUGGCUACACUCUGUGCAGGCAAGGAUGUGAGAUCAACUUAGAUCACGCACAAUAAUUUCGUUUCGUCUAAUGUCAGAAGUCAAGGAGCUGUGAGAACUAGUUUAUUCUGUACACAGGGCAGGUUGCCGUAAGUUGGCUGUUUGCUUGCAACAGAGAUAAGUGUCCGUUCACGGCGAGCGUCAGUCGCGAUGCGUAGUUUACGCCGGAGUGAAUGUCUGUGUCAGUAGGUGGGGGGGGGGGACGUGACUGGCUGAGUGCUGAUCAUGAGAUGGGACGGAUUAGGGGAGGAUUAGGGGGAAGCAUAGUCACAGGGGCUCCCGGGUACCAAGCCAGGUCGUUCGACGCGCGUGAGGUGAUAAUAGCUUUUCAGGGCAACCGGAAGUCACUGCAGCUGCACAGGAGGGGCCCCAGUUCUAGCCGGCGUGGGUGGUCGUCUGUCAGCGGCUUGGCAACGAUUGUCGCGGGAAUCGAACGGCAAAAUGGAGCCGGAGAAAAGGGGGGCUGGAGCGGCUGCUACAACUCCAUCUGUGACCACUGUGCAUUCGCAUUGCAUUUGUCCAUCUGGUAACCAGCCAACGGACCAGGCCAGUUGGACGCGAGUCCUGGCAGCUUUCUGCGGCGGCGAGUACUCAGAUAUGCCAUGUGUGUAUACUACUGAAUUUCCUUAUAGCACCAAUGUCACUAAGAGUGAAUAAAGACAGCUCUAUUAUGUCCAAACAAAUAGGGUCUUGGGGACACGCUUGCCAGGUAUCUCUCCAACGAUAAAAAUUUGUUCCACAAAUGGUAUCGAGGAGGAACUUCAAAAAAAUCUAGGACUUACUUCGCCAUAACGGGUAUCCUGACAUGUUCCUUGCAAAGAAACUUGUCGAAAGACCCGCAAAACCCGCCACACUAACCGCCGAAAAGGAAACGUUGUUCCUCAAAGUUCCUUUCCAAGGAGACGCUGCAAGUAUAUUCCUGAGAAGACGCCUUGAUCUAGCUGUCUCAGGAACCUUUCCAGCAGCAAGGGGUCGCAUAUCAUUCUCCACUAACCCUGUUUUACGCGGAGAAGGCAAAGAUAGGCUGCCACCUCAGACCGCCUCAAUGCACAUCUACUCAUUCACUUGCUUCUGUGGAGCAGGUUAUAUUGGUCGUACGAGUCGGCGCAUUUCCAAAAGAAUACGAGAGCACCUUCGUGCAUGGCUGGCAAAAGGUAAAACUAGGAGAAUAGACAGCGCCAUCCUUGCGCAUGCAGUGGAUUGAGGACAUCGUGUGGACACCGCUGAAGCAUUUCGUGUGAUUUAUGAGGUCCCCUCGUGCUAUCCUAAGCUACUGGACCAGCACAUGUUAGCAACAGCAGAAGCGGCCGCAAUCAGGUUAUGACAACCGACCCUAUACGCCCAGUAGAACCGGGUUCAGGCUCCGCGCUUACCGUGGUCAAAGGUUAAUCAACCACUUGAAACUUUCUGCGCCUUCCCCUCUAAACCCGUCCAUGUUUUCAAAAUAACUUUUACUGGUUUUCCAAUCAUCGAAAUGUUUGAUUGUAAGUCCUUCCAAAACAAUUGUACUGGCCCGAGGAGAAUUUAUCGAAAACAACGUAUGCUGGCUAACUCGUCUUCCUAAUACUGUUAUGAGAAUUUUCGCAACAUUAAAAAUUUCAUUUAAAAACCGUACAAGGUGGCCAGAGUGCGGUUUGACUUUCGAUAGUUUGGGGAGAAGGGGAUAGUGUAAGAUACACAGGUCUUAAGCAAGUGAAUGUUUUGUGCGGACGUGUAGCGAACCUUUCCCUCAGGUUUGGUAAACAGCGCAAUUUUAGGAGUGUAAUUGAUUUUUAGAAGACCCAAUAACACAAAAUGAUCCGAACAUGACAAUGGAGCUCUGUUUUUACCACAAAUAAGCUUGGGGUGGUUGGUCAAAGUAUGAUCAAUAUGGGCGUCAGCGCGAGUAUUGAAGAAAAGCAUGCAAAAGUCCCGUUUUGCAACGUGCUCUUGAACGUUGCAAGUAGUCGCUCGUAAAAAUCACGGAGGUGCAUUGCCCCGGCUGGAGUACUAAGACGCAAAUCUAACAAGUACUUAUCCCUCGAGACUGGCGACUUUCGGAACGCACAUGAGGAAAAACAUAUACACAGCCGCAAUGUUAACAGUUAGUCUACUGUCUCGUCCCGUAAAGGUUUCCGUUCCCGCGUAUCCAGUGGUGGACGCCCGGUAGGAGUUCGGAAAAUAUUGCAGGGCAGGAUGAUAGUUGGUAGCCCUGCCCCCUGAUUCUACAAUUGUACCUACUGGCUCGAUUUCGGUAUCUGUGAUAACGUUCUCAUUAUGUCUGGGGGGUGCACGUACAGAGGCCCUGCCAGGAUGACUUUCUUCUUCACUUUAACCGCCCCGAGGACGAGGCGCUGCAAGACUGUCUAUAUAGACUCAUUGUAUUGCACCCCCACACGGAAAUCUUUAGUAAAAGGUGAAAGAUUUAUCCUAAAUGGAUUAUGAUUCAUCAUGCUUCCCAUUAUGCUUCUAAUUGCAUGUGCGCACAGUAUUACCUGCAUCAGAUUAAUUGCAUAGGUACUAUCCUAGGCGGAUUGGCGGGGGUAUCCGUUUCGUCGGUUUGCCUGCAUCCUUGGGUCUUUUUACUCCACACCUCCAGUAGAGUCCGGUGCGAUCGUGUACGAAAGGACAACCGACGCUCGGUUAGGGUGUCUACCGAUACUCCAUCCACUGCAUCAGUCCUAUUGACAGAGUGUUGCCCUCCACCCCCCGCCUUUACGAACAGCCCGAUUGUAUUUGGUCGCAGGGGUUUGGCUGAAAACUGUGACGCCUUGUAAACACCGCCAUGGCCAGUUAGCGAUCCUUUCCUGCACUUCCAGUUUAAGGCACUACGGCACCCCCCCCCGGGCGCUUCGACAUUGCUGGGCUUGAACUGGGCGCACUUCACCUACCACAUCGCGCACUUACUACCUCAUGGGUUAAGACUACAACAGCAAGGCGUCUCAUACGCCAGUCAGACCCGAAGUGUUCACCUUCCUCGCAUUUUUCACGUUAUUUAAAUUAGGUUUCCACUUUAUCAGGAUCGUCCAUUCCAGGCAUUCCCUACAAGCGUCAUUUACGCCUCCACUCAUUUGCCCCACCCGUAUACCACCAAUUACCACCGGUCCCGUAAGUCAGGUAGCUGAGAGUUUUCGGUACCGGGAGGGCUACCAACUACCAUCUAACCGACAAAUUCAUGUCUCCACCGUUGGAUUAGCUCUUAUCUUUGCAAGUGGCUAGAUACUAGUAGUUGCAGCUUUCGUCUCCGUUCUCAAGAAGUGAAGGCGAGAUAUGGUUAUGUACCGCACCUUCUGAACACAAUACUGCGGAGGGCAAGGGUUGGUGGUUAAAGCUAGGGGUUAUGGUUAGGAGUUAGGGCUAGGGGUUAUAGUUGGAGUUAGGGUUAAGGGUUAUGGUUACUAUUUCUCAAACACUCAGAGUACAGCCGCGCAUUCUUAAUAGCCUUUCUUUUGCAUACAACUACUUGACCCCGGCCCAAUCUGCAGAAUCCUCUAUUACUCACUGUUCCGUAGAACAGGUGGCUGGGAUUUGUUUACUUUAGAAGGGGCUGUAUUACUACGGCUGAUCUAACUGAAUCUGUGAUCAUUUACUUAAUCACUCUGUUUUAUCCUCUUUUCCUGGCAGCCGUUACCUGCAUGUAUGAGGACGUUUUGAUGAGAAUAGAGGACAAAUUUAAGCCGAAUUUUACUAUCACCUUUGCGAACGGAACGCAGUACACGACAAACAAACUGCAGCCCCGUGAGUAUCCCUAUGAAACUGUAAUCCGAUAUGUCUGCCAGGAGGGCUUUGAGACGGUAACAAAGGACCCCGAUCAGAACAUCACCUGUGGGGCGCUGGGGAAAUGGCUUCCUCAGCUCACAAGCUGUCUCGGUGAGUUUAAAGAAGUUCGCCGGUACUUCGUCAGAAAUGCGAGGUAA